ACAGAUCCAGAUGCAGAAGUCAUUGCUCUUUCACCAAAAACACUCAUGGCUACCAACAGAUUCAUCUGUGAAAUCUGCAAGAAAGGUUUCCAAAGGGACCAAAAUUUGCAGCUCCACAGAAGAGGACACAAUCUUCCAUGGAAACUUAAGCAAAGGGCUAACAAAGAUCAGAUAAAAAAGAAGGUCUACAUAUGCCCGGAAAAGACCUGCGUUCACCACGACCCGUCCCGGGCUCUCGGGGACCUCACCGGGGUCAAGAAGCACUUCAGCAGGAAACAUGGUGAGAAGAAGUGGAAAUGUGAGAAAUGUUCAAAGAAAUAUGCUGUUCAGUCAGACUGGAAAGCUCAUUCUAAGACUUGUGGGUCUAGGGAAUAUAAAUGUGACUGUGGAACUCUUUUUUCCAGGAAGGACAGUUUUAUUACACACAGAGCUUUCUGUGAUGCCUUAGCUGAAGAGAGUGCAAGAUCAUUUGGAGCCAAUAAUUUGAACUUCAGAAAUGAUUUGAAUGGGAAUCUGACGAACCAUCAACAGAAUUUGGAUCAUGGGUUUUCUGGAAUUCCCCUUCUUGGAGCUGGUUUUAGACCAGAUUUUACCGGUAUGGCCCCGGCCGGGAAUUCUGAUCAGAAGCCUAGAUUAUCACUUUGGUUGGAUCAAGGGAAUUCUCAGCUCAAUCCAAUUUAUGCAAAUUCAAAUCUUUUCAUGCCUAAUAUGAUGCAAAUGUCAUCGAAUAACAAUGUUUUCGACUCGUCAAAUCAGUUUCCAUGGCUGGAAAGAACAGCAGCCUCUGCAAAUCUCUCUUUGUUCCCACCACAAGGCCUAAAGGAAGAGGCAGUGAGUAGCAAAGGGUUAACAAUGGCGGCAGCAGAAUCCCUUUCUUCCUUAUACUCUGAUAAUCAGAAUCUUCACUUGAACUCUUCAGCGUCUGCAUCAAUGUCUGCAACUGCACUUCUGCAAAAGGCAGCUCAAAUGGGAUCGACCAAAAGCAAUCAAACAUUCUUCAACAAUCCCAUAAACAGAAGUGAAUUGCACCAGGUUUUCAAACAGCAGGCACUGGAGAAU